GAUGAGAUGAAAUGAAAUCGCAUCAUCAGUAAAGGAACCCAAAGCCUCUGCAGAUGUAAAGCUAGUUUUAGAUUAAAUGUGUGGACACGUGCACAGCGUGUAGAUAUAAAAUAAAACCCAAACGCGUAAUGAAUACGAGAACACGACGUGACGUCAGGCGUCGUCUUUAAGUGUGUGUCAGGCGGUGGACGGGUGUCGGAGCUGCUGCGGAGAACUUUGGACGAGACGCCACGCAAGCUGGAGGAAGCGCCGUGGCUUUGGGACGACGACAUGUUUUGGGAAACUUUGAAGAAGAAUGGUUCGUUACAGUGCGGGAUGUUCAGCCCUCAGCGCGGAUUGUGUGGAUUAUUAUGCGUAGCGGGACGAAGCGUGUGGUCGUACACGGGAGUAUCGCACAGAUUGCGUACGACUGCAGGAGUCAAGUGCAGGAGCACAACUGGGUUCUCCUGCGUGCGCAAUUAAAGUAGAUCGCGUUUCUCUGCGCUUUGUGAGUGCGCAACACUACGUGAGUUGAAAGUGUUUUCAACAAACGUGUCACUUAAAAAAAAAAAAAAACAAAUAAAAAAAAAAAGGUUUGAUUUCAUCCGGUUUGCAGAAUGAGAUUUGAGUGGAGGUGUCACCGCCGCACGCUCGGAGUUUACUCCGAAGGCAAAAUGUGGCGCGCGAGAAUCAGGGAGCAACUCGAAGGCUAAAACCAUGCUGCGCUUUAACGCAUGGAGAAAUGGCCUAUAGGUUUCUGUCCAGCCGCGCGGCGCCGUCCUCCAGCUCCAAGUUCAGCAGCAGGUUCAUGUUCAUCUUUACACUCUCGCUGUCCUUCACGUACGUGUGCUACAGCGUGCUGUUCUGCUCGCCUCCGGUUAUACCGAGCAGCCGCUUCGAGGAGCGACGGUGCGCGCGUGGAGAGAGCGCCGGCGCCAAGAAGCUGCUGCAGAACUCAGCCGCUUGCACGGACGCGAACUCGAACCGAAGUGAACUCAAAGCCACGGCGGCUCCAAUGCGUGUGGCUCUGAACCGGAGCGAGCAGUCAAGCAUGCGGAGCUCGCGUGUGCGCGGUGCCGACGUGACGCGCUCUAAACCGGCCAACGCUUCCACUAUUAGCGCGAGCGCGCAGAGGUACGGAAACAAGAAGCUGCCCAACGCGAUGAUCGUGGGUGUGAAGAAGGGCGGCACGCGCGCCGUGCUGGAGUUCAUCCGCAUACAUCCGGAUGUGCGUGCGCUCGGCACCGAGCCGCACUUCUUCGACCGGAACUACGACAAAGGAAUGGACUGGUACAGAGGCCUAAUGCCACGGACACUGGACAGCCAAAUCACCAUGGAGAAAACGCCCAGCUACUUUGUGACACACGAGGCUCCACGCCGCAUAGCCACAAUGUCCCAAGACACCAAGCUCAUCGUGGUGGUGCGAAAUCCAGUGACACGAGCCAUCUCUGACUACACUCAGACACUGUCCAAAAAACCAGACAUCCCCAGCUUUGAGGAGCUCGCCUUCAAGAACAGAAGCCAGGGUUUGGUGGACACUUCGUGGAAUGCCAUCCGCAUAGGCAUGUACAUCCUGCACCUCGAGAACUGGCUGCAGUACUUCCGACUCUCCCAGAUCCACUUUGUAAGCGGUGAACGGCUCAUCACAGACCCGGCCGGCGAACUGGGCCGCGUGCAGGAUUUCCUGGGACUGAAACGCAUCAUCACAGACAAACACUUCUAUUUUAACCGAACAAAAGGCUUCCCAUGUUUAAAGAAGCCUGAGAGCAGCAGCACUCCUCGGUGCCUUGGCAAGUCCAAGGGCAGGACACAUGUGCAAAUCGACCAGGAGGUCAUCGAGCAGUUGCAUGACUUUUAUAGACCUUUCAAUGUGAAAUUUUAUGAAAUGGUAGGACAUGACUUCAGAUGGGACUGACAUGGUAUCAUUUCUUAAACGAUGAAUGAGUCAUCGGAUCAGAUCUGUCAGCCAGAUAAGACCACUGACAGAAGGAGCGAAUGAAAACAGAAAACCUCAAAGGACACCUUAAACAAACGAAGACCAAAUGCUCUUAAGAUAUACUGUAAAAACUAGCUUAUAAGCUUACUGAAUGAUUCUACACAGGCAAAAUCCAUAGCUAUUCUAUACUGUAGCUCAGGACACCGUGCCAUCCACUUGAAAUCCUUUACUACAUUUAGGAUUGACACUUGCUCAUUAAAUCAAGAGAAUAACCGAGAAGCUGUCAUUCGGUUUCUAAGUACUUGUAAUGCACAGCACUGUGUCUGUUCACUGUCCUCCUGUUACUAUUUAAAAUACUUCAUCUCGUUAUGAAACUGAAGCCCAUACAGCAUAGGACUGCAGUGUGUUAUUAAAAAUUGUGAAAUGGAAAACAAAUUAA